GGUCAGACGCUUGCUUCUAGCUUCGCGGAGUUGCACCGCUCCCGGGCUGACAGACGCCGAGAUGUCGAUGCUGGCUGAGCGUCGGCGGAAACAGAGGUGGGCACUGGAUCCAAGAAACACAGCUUGGAGUAAUGAUGAUUCCAAGUUUGGCCAGAAGAUGCUAGAGAAGAUGGGUUGGUCUAAAGGAAAGGGCUUGGGAGCUCAGGAGCAAGGAGCCACAGACCAUAUUAAGGUUCAAGUGAAAAAUAACACCCUGGGCCUUGGAGCGACAACCAGUAAUGAAGACAACUGGCUUGCUCAUCAAGAUGACUUUAACCAGCUUCUGGCGGAACUGAGCACGUGUCAUGGCCAAGAAGCAACAGACUCUUCAGACAGCAAAGAGAAGAAAUCUUUCAGCCUUGAAGAAAAAUCCAAAAUUUCAAAAAACCGUGUUCAUUAUAAGAAAUUCACAAAAGGGAAGGAUCUCUCAUCCCGGAGCAAAACGGACCUUGAUUGCAUUUUUGGGAAAAGACAGACUCAGAAGGCUCCUGAGGAGGAGUCCAGCUGCGCCACACCAGAUGAGAACGAGCCGUCCACGACAACGACCAGUGCCUUCACCAUCCAGGAGUAUUUUGCUAAGAGGAUGGCAGAGCUCAAGAACAAGCCACAAGUCACAGCGUCAGCUCCUAACCACUCCGAGGCCCAGAGUGAACGGAGAGGGGGAAAGAAGAGAAACAAAGAUGGCAAUUUAGAGAAUGGCACCCAACCCAAAGCCAAGCGACCUAAAAAGAAGAAAACUCAGGAACAAGAGGAGCACCCUAAGUGUGCAGCCAAGAAGAAGAGAGACCGGGCUGAACAGCAGCUCAGAGGCCCUGGUUGUGACGAGAACUCCGAAUCUUCGCCCGAGAACGGAGAGGACUGCGUGUGGCCACCUGAUAACCAGGACCUUAUCCCAGAGCCCCUAAAAAGGAAAGCAAAGAAAAAGCUACAGAGCCCAGUGGAGGCAGCAGAGGACCCUAGGCUACAUGAAACACCAGUGAAAAAGAAGAAGAAAAAGAAGAAAGGAUCCAAAUAAAUCCCCGCAGCCAGGCCUCCCGGCCACGGAGACGUCGGUGCGCGCCAGGGCAAAAACCUUUGGCCUGAAAUCAGAGCUGUCGUUGACUCAAGACAAUGUGUUCACGUCGUUUAACAUGCCCGCGGAGUGCUGGCUCUUACCCUCCCACAGCAGGCUUCCCCAAUCAGCUUCCAAGGACUCCUUCUUCAUGGUCCAAGCUAUAGUUCUCCUUGGCAAAUAAAUUCCUCCAGAGACCGAGCCCUACACCAGGAGUGUUGCUCCCACGAGUGCACUGAGGCAUGUAGGAACGCACAUGGGUGAAUGUAUGUCACAGCCCCGUGCUCUGUGGGUUUCCCUCAGUAACGAUGAAGUAUGCUUCCUUCUGAAGGGCUUCGUCUAAUUAAAAGAUUAAGAGUCAA